AUGUCUGCGCAACCACAAGUCGACCUCGUGACACCGCUGAAGAAGCGACGUCUCGCGCGAGAGUCGACUGACACGCUGCGAGGAUCUCCCGUCUCAACGCCGUCGCCCGGCCACCAGCCCGAGGGCUACACCAGCACCCCCGACUACGACGAUGCCGGCGGCGGAGGAGCCUUGCUAGGAGCCCCAUGCAGCGACACACGCCGCGUCUCGUCGCAGGACAGCGAGAGGUCCGAGUCGCUCCUCGUCGCCAACGGGAACGAGACGGCAGACGACACAGCCGACGAGGGCGUUACCACGGAUACGGAGAACGAGGCGACGUCGUCGACAAUGAGGGGCAUCGACCACGAGAGUGCUGCCGUUGCCGCGAGGCCGGCACGCACGAAAAACAAUGGUGCACAGGAGGAGGAGGAAGAAGAGGAUGCUGCGGCAUUGGAGCAGGAGGAGCAGGGGCGGGACUCACAACGAUGGAAAACAGAACCUGACAAACCCCGGCUGCCAGGGGGCGCCGCAGUCGCCACGGAAAACUUGAGUGCGUUCGUCGUGCAGACGAAAACAGAACCGCCCGCAGGUGGCGCUGUCGCUGAGACGGAGGAGGGGAAGUACCGCAGCGAGGGAGAGAUCAGCAGCUCAGAGCUGGAGGACGAGAUACUGCCCGCGAGCCGCCUCCACCACCAGUGGGCCGCAGACGAGGCCUCGGGCAUCACCGAGCCGACAGGCGCCGACGGCCACCAGGGAGCACUGCUGAACGCGCGCGACGAGGAGAGCCGCGACGACUUUGACAACGGAGACAGCAACAUGAGCGCGGUUGAAGCCGUUGUUGCGGCGACGGACGCUGGGGCGCCACCGUCGCUGCCGCAGGAGAAGCCAAAGCCGAAGAAGAAGAUGUCGCUGCUGGAGUACCGCCAGCGCUUUAAGAGCGUCGGCGGCAGUGAGAGCACGGGUAGCACACCGACGAAGCUGCCCGUUGCCACGGCGACGCUGUUCGUCACUGGCGCGAACCAUGAUGAGCCGUCGUCGGCGCCCCCGCUGCUCGAGCGUCUCUCCGCAACAGAGGCGUUCCGCGAGAAUCUCGCGCUGAAGGCCGGUAAGGUGGAGACGUCUCGCGACGCCAUGUUCGCUGGACUCAGCCUCGAGGAGCGUCUGCAGAGCCUGCAGAGUCUGCCUGCGUUCCAGGACCUGAAGGAGGAGUGCAACAAGACACAGCGCGAGAAGGAGCGCGAGAGCCUCACCGCGCGACUCCGCAAGGAGUUUGGCCUCUCAGACGACGAUGACGAUGCCGAGAAGGACGAGGUGAAUGGUGAUCCGGACGACUCUCCGCCUCCACCACCGCCGCCCGUACAGGGCCACUACACGAUGGACCUCACUGCACACAAGGUUCUCCCAGGCGGUGGCGUGGCGGCAGCAGCAGCCGGACAGUUUCCCGGUCUCUACCAGCAGCUGGCCGGACCGAUGUCAAACGGUCACCUUCCAGUCGUGCGGCCUGGUGUGGGGCACACGCAGCCGCGGCCCUCCAUCAUCAUGCACCAGCAGCACGGACUACCCGGUGGAACUGCGAUUCGUGCGCGUUUCGUACAGCCGCUAUUCAACGGUCCGCCGGCUAUGGCCGUCGCCGCAGCGCAGCAGCCGCUCCCGCUCAUCGACCAGCGACCGCAGCCACUCAUGAAGCAGCCGCUGCUGCCCGCGCCAUCGCUCCACCUGCAGGUGUCAGCACCGUCACUUGCCGGCAGCGGCGGGGGUCAGCACCAGCCUGCGCUGCCCGCACAGCCGCAGCAUGCUGGCGGGGGCCGGGGCGGGCAUCAUGCGGCCGCCGCCAAGCACUACCCACGACACCCGCGCACGAAGCCAGCGUACAACACAGGCACCGACUACUACUACUAGAGGCCGUCGUGGUGGCGCCCCCUGCCUCUGCAGCGUACGCGCACGAAGCCAGCGUACAAUGCUGGCACCAACUAUUAUUAAGGGCCCUAGUGGUGCCCCCUGCCACUGAAGCAUGUGCGCUCGAAGUCUGUGUACAAUAUGGGAGCCAUCUACUCAUCGGGGCAAUGGUGGCGCCCCCCACCCGCUGCAGCAUCCACACCCGACGCUGGCCUACAAUUGCUACCACGACCAAAGGUUGCCGUGGCGCCGACUACUGCUUGUAUAGACUGCGGUGGCGCCCUCUGCAGCAUCCGAACACUACAACGGUCAGCUUACAACGAUGCUGAAUAUUACUCCAUCUUCUUUUGCGAUAACUGUUAUUACUAUUUCUUCUGCUGCCGCUGUUGAUGCUGGUUCUCCAAGAUAUUGUGGUGAUGUAUUUGCCAUCUGCAGUGAGUGAGCAGUGCAAGAGUUGCACAGCUACGGCGGCGCCCUGUCUCGACGUGCUGCGGACUCGUGGCAGUGGCACGCCCGUCUACAGAUGACGUCGCGUCGUUGCCGGCGCAGGGUGUGCGCGUGUACAAUUCCCCCCACCCUUCGCACCUAGAAGGUCGCGACUGUAGUCACUAGAGCCGUCUCCCUGAUCUCUUCUCUAGAUGUCGUCUCCGUGUGCUAGUAUCCGUGUGUGCGUAGCGUGUGUAAUUACCUACAUCACGAUAUCGUUGGACGUGUGAGCUCGCGCGCGCGCCGAGUCGUCAUUAUUAUCGAGAAAGUAUUAGUAAUAUGUGUAAAUUUACUCUCGUUUUUUUAUAGCAAAACAGAAGCGGGGAAAAAAUUUGAGCAUUUCGUGAUUCUCGUCUCUUUCUCUUGUUCGUUGUCGUAGUCGUGUCGCGUGGGGGAGGCACCAGCCCCUCGCUGGCUGGCUUCCCUCCCCCACGCGUCUACGCGUUAGAAUUACUUAGCUGUACAGUUUUUUGCAGAUUGUUGAUGUACAGAGGGCCGACGCCGCGCGGCCGCGUUAUUUUUGCAGUUUAUAAUUCGCGCCGUCGUUCGCAGGUAGCGCUAGUUGGCGGCCGAGGGUCCGAGUUUUUCGAGCGGGGCACCACUCUUCUGUGAAGAGGCGUCUCAGCGCGCACGUUAUUUUUUCUAUGAAGAUUAAUUGAUGGCCAUUUAUUAUCGCUGUAAAUUCGUACUGUUACCAUCGUCGUGUAGUCCGUCGCUCGAAUAAGUCGUAGCCGUUAGAUGUUUGUACAGCGCAUGGGCGGGCGCUCGGGAGGGUGGUUAUGACGUGCCUCGCUGCCCCCCUCCAUGGAAACUUGCCCUUCUCUGCAGAACUUGUACUUUUCUUUCUAAAAGGAAACAUCCCUCUUUCCACAGAACCUUUCCCCUUCUCCACAGGACCUACCCAUUCUCUGCAGAGAGAUUAUCUAUGGACAUUUCCCCCCAUUCAGUUGAAGUAGUUCUGUAUCCAGUGCUCUGAGAAUCGCCUGCCCUGCAUUCGCCAACCGCGAUAAACCGAACAACAUCCCCAAGUUCUGCCGCAUCGCGGCCUCGUUUGAUCGCCAUUUCCAGGCGAUAGCUUCGCGCGCCACCAGUGUCGCCCUCUGCCUCUUCCCACAGCCACUGUAGGUGGGUUACCCGCGCGAUCGUACCGCGUAAUGAGAGGGCCCCCGCUGGUGAAGGGGAGGGUGUGUAGUUGGCGAGAGAGUGGAGGAGGGGGGAGAAGGGGAGGGAGAGGAAGUGGCUUCUCUGUUACUGCUGCCGCACCCAGCGCAUGCUUACGUCCACGCGUGUUUGUUGCGUGUGCAGUGAUCGUAUUCGUUUGCCUCCAUCUGCAGCGCUCUGUCGUGCGACGUUCUGUCGCUCUGCUGUCCGUCGGCGCGUCUCGUGGCUUCUUUGUACGCGCUUGCGAGAGAGAGGAAGUGACACCCUACGUGCUCCUCUCGUGCGCGCGGCUUCUCCUAGGUUACAAAGUCUGUUGUAUAAUAAAAUUGCUCAAAACUCUUCUUCGUAAA